UAAUUGCUUCAAUGAUCUUCAAGACGAAGGCGAUCACCAUUCUCUCUCUCUCUCUCUCUCUCUCUCUCUCUCUCUCUCUCUGUGUGUUCAUAUUCUGGCACCAUUUUGCCACUCGCUCGCAAUUCAUUGUCGACAACGCAUCCUCAAAAUCUGAACCAAAUCCGCCAUUGUUCCGUGCAUUCUAAGUUAGAAUUAUGGUCGCUCGCUGGACCGACGAGCUUCUUCUGCAAACGAGGUAAAUUUUAAGUACAUUUCGUUGAAAGAACUGGGAUUCUUUGCUGCCAGCCAUUUGAUUUUUUAUUAUCCUGUGAUCCUGAAAAUUUUUGGAUCAAGCAGGAAUUAGCCUCGACGAGAAUUUCGUAGUAGAAUAAAUGAUCAUAGGUUUUUGUAAUGGGGUUUGUCGGCGUAGAGAAGAAAUGGGUGUUCCCUCUCAUCCUAAGUUCCUUGAUGUGCAUCUUUCUUUUCGCGACGACCUUCAACAUGGCGUCACUGCACACAAUCAAUUCAUUUUUUGCAUUAUUUCCUACUCGCGAUAUGACGAGUGGUAGUGCCCCUUAUUUGUCUGAGUCGAAGAUUACUCAAGUUCCACCUCCUCCAGCUCUGCCCCCCCUCCCUAAAUUUGCUUAUCUGGUUUCCGGAUCAAGGGGAGAUUUAGAGAAGCUAUGGAGAACUCUUCAUGCUCUCUAUCAUCCGUUGAACUAUUAUGCCGUCCAUCUGGAUCGUGAAGCGCCAUUGGAAGAGAGAUUGCAGCUUACAUCUCGGGUGGAAAACCACACCCUGUUUUCGAAAGUUGGGAAUGUUCAUGUGAUCAAGAAAUCGAAUAUGGUUACUUAUAGAGGCCCGACAAUGGUUGCUAAUACUCUUCACGCUUGCGCUAUUCUUUUGAAGAAGUAUAAAGAUUGGGAUUGGUUUAUCAAUCUUAGCGCGUCGGACUAUCCUUUGGUGACUCAAGACGAUCUCCUUUACACGUUCUCCAAUUUGUCGAGAGAACUCAAUUUCAUAGAACACACUAGUCGCUUAGGCUGGAAAGCGUCACAUAGGGCAAUGCCGUUGAUUAUAGAUCCCGGGCUCUACCAAUCAACCAAAUCCGACAUAUUCUGGGUUUCACCCCGGAGAAAUUUACCAACGUCAUUCAAAUUAUUUACCGGGUCGGCGUGGAUGAUGUUAUCCCGCGCAUUCGUCGAGUACUGCAUAUGGGGUUGGGACAAUCUCCCGAGAACCCUGCUUAUGUAUUACGCGAACUUCGUUUCUUCACCUGAAGGGUAUUUUCAGACUGUUAUCUGCAAUGCGCCGGAGUUCAUACCGACUGUGAUCAACCACGACAUGCACUAUAUUUCUUGGGACAACCCCCCGAAACAGCACCCUCAUACUCUAACUGUCAACGACACCGGAAAAAUGAUGGCGAGCUGCGCUCCAUUUGCUCGGAAAUUCAAACAGGACAAUCCUGUCCUGGACAAGAUCGACCGGGAAUUCCUCCGGAGAAAGAAUACGAGCUUCACUCCCGGCGGUUGGUGCAAGGGUAAGCCUCGUUGCGCCAAGGUGGGCAAUCCGACUAAACUUCGACCUUCUCCGGGGGCUCGACGGCUUCGAAAGCUUAUUGAUAAUCUACUCUCGUCCCCAAGAUUCAGCGAGCAACAAUGUAGGUAGGUGAGAGAUCGAUCUUGAUUUUGGUUUCUACCAUUUUAACCUCAAUCUUAAGUCUUGGUUGAGGCCAGAGGAGGAAAGGGGAGGAAGGUAAAAACAAGAAAAGAAAAAGAACCAAUAAUAGUAACAUAUUAGUCGUAGAAUGUAGCUUUACAGAAUUUCUAUACUAGUACACAAAUAUAUAUAUAUAUAUAUAAUAAAGUUGUUAGAUUCAUGUGCACUAAUUCUUGCUUGUCCCUUGGUAUAUUUUAGAAAUGUCAAAAUAGAUUGAGUUUUCUGAUUUUAGUUAAUUGGCUGGAUUGAUUAAUUUGUAACCAGUUGCUUAUUUUUGUUCA